ACCACCAUAAAUAUUUAUUAAGUAAGAUACAAACAAGCAUGCCAGCUUGGGAAAACCAUUAAGCAAAGGAGUCAGGAAAUUCUAAGUUCAUUAUCAAGGCUCUCCACUCAGAACUUUAAUCCAGAUGCCCUUGUUGUCUCCUACCCUUGCUGUCAUCCCAGUGUCUACAGACAGUAAGUAGAAAUAAAGCUCCUACCCCACCCCUUUGGCAUUUUCUUCUCCCCUGGAAGGCCCAUAAUCUAGCGUGUCAUCCUUCUCCCUUCAGAAGUGAUUAAGGGGCUAGGCUCCAAAGAAGAUUAAAGGAGCAGUCUGCGGGGCACUGGGCAGGAGUACUCUAUUCUGAGUUCUACCGCCCUGUACUCACAAUCAUGGCCCUUGUGCCAGGGAACAGCGAGGAGGAUGGGCUUUGGGAUAGAGAUAGCCCAGGGUCCUCCAGGUAUCCAGAAAGUCCCAGACUGAUCAACCCUCUAUGGAAAGACAUGGGAGAGACUGGCAGAGUUGAAGGUCACCAGGAUAUUCAGGUUGUCUCUCAAAAGCACCGCCUGCCCUCUAUUGUGGUGGAAGCCUCUGAAGAAGAGAGUGAGGAUCUCCAGUGGCCCCAUGAGGAGCUGCUGCUGCUCACUGAUGGUGAGGAAGAGGAGGCUGAGGCCUUUUUCCAGGACCAAAGUGAAGAGCCAGGCUGGGCUUGGAGUCCACAGGACCCUCGAUCUCCCUUAAGAACAUUUAAUGUUGGACUCACCUGGGGGCACGAGCAGGAAGAGCAAGACGUCUCCUGGAUUCCUGAGUGUCAGGAAGCCCCCAACCUCUGUAAUUUCUGGGACCCAGCAUCAGGCUCCAUAGUUCGUAGAAGCCGCUUUGUGGAAUAUUCCCAUCUCCUGCCUCCCAGUAGUUUUGAGGGAACUGAAGAAGAAGCUGUUCAAGCGCCGGCGGGUGUUGAGCCGGGAGCGGCGACUGAAGCACCGGACGGUCGGGGCUGUGAUAGACCAAGGGCUGACCACGCGGCACCACCUCAAGAAGCGGGCGUGAGUACCGGACUGUCUUCCCGUGGCUCCUCACUGCCGAGCUCCGGAACGGCCGGCUCCGCUCUGCUUUCCUCCUUGCACUCACAUGCAUGCGGGGAACGUUUGUCGGCGGUGAGAGCCCUCAACUCCGCUAGCCUCUCACUGUACCG